UAGUAAUCGCACUGAUGGGCACCAACGGCGCGGCGCUCAUGAUCCUGCUCCUCUUCAUGGCAAUCACAUCGGCCACCUCCGCUGAGCUCAUCGCCGUCUCCUCCCUGUUGACCUUCGACGUCUACAAGCAGUACAUCAACCCCUCGGCCUCCUCCAAGCAGCUCGUCAUGCAGUCGCACUAUUCUAUCGUCGUCUUCUCGCUCGUUCUCGCGACCUUCUGUUGCGCGCUCAGCGCCAGCGGCAUCAACAUCACCUGGAUUAUCACCUGCGUGGGGGUCAUAGUUGGCGGCGGCGGCAUUCCGCUCGCGUUUGUCGUCCUGUUUCCGAAAUCGGUCUCUCCACCUGGUGCCAUUGCGGCGCCCUUGAUUGCCAUGCCGCUGGGUUUCGUGGCUUGGUUCGUGACGACGCAUAUCCGCUCCGGAGUAAAUAGUGUUGCUACUACGGGUGAGGAGACGAAUGCCCUCGCGGGCAGCUCGACGACGUGUGGGCUUGGGACUAUCUUGGUUCUCGUCCUCUCCUGGGUAUUUCCGUCCAGAUAUACCUCCGCUAACCCGGCACAUACGGUCCUUGUCGAGAAGGUCUCCGGUGUAGAGACCGUCCAUGCGCAGCCUCCAUCUCCUCAGCAACCCAACUCAACAGCACCAGAACCAGUACCACCCUCCCAAGACGAAGAGAAACAUACCUCGACGCAACAGCAAACCCCACCCGACCCCUCACCCUCAAAAAUCGAAACCGGCAACGAAGUAAUCGACUUCCUCCUAAACAACCACAUCAAGCCCCUCGACGCAGCCGCCUACCGCAAAGCCCUCCGCCUCGCCAUCGGCGUCUGUCUACUCUUCAUCGUCCUUGCAAUGCUCACCUUCCCCUUUGCCUUCUACGGGACGUCAUUUAUCUUCACAAGGGAAGCGUUCACGGGGUGGGUUGCUGUUAGUUUGCUUUGGGUGUUUUGUAGUGCGAUGGCUUGUGUUGUUUGGCCUGUUUUGGAGAGUUGGGGGGAGUUGGUACAUGUUGGGAAGACGCUGUUUGGGUUGAAGUAG